UUCCCUGUGGAUCCGGGGUCCCCCAAUGGGGCUGGGGUCUCCAAUGGGGCUGGUUUCCCUGUGGAUCUGGGGUCUCCUAAUGGGGCUGGGGUCCCCGCAGGCCGGCGUCGCCCCGUUGCUUUGGGUUCUGCCCCGUGUGGCCGUGCCUCGUUCCCACCCUUUCUCCCCCACCCCGCAGAGCCAGGGUGCGCUGGCCGGGCGGCUGCGCAGCUUCAGCAUGCAGGACCUGCGCUCGCUCCCCGACGAAGCCCCCGUGCACUACCGGGACCCCCUGUACCUGGAGGAGCAGGAGAGCCGCAGGCAGCCCCCCGGUGAGCCGGGAGCAGCGUGGCCGCGGGGCCCGGGGGGCUGUGCCAGAGCCAUCGGGUGGCCGCUGGCCCCAGCCUGCGGAGCGGCGCCGCGCCGCGAGAGCGAGACGGAUGAGGAGGAGGAGUGCUGGUCGGACUCGCAGGUCUCCCCCAAGCCCACCCCUCACCCCCGGGACCCCAGACCCCUCUCCCGGAGCCAGAGCUUGCGCACGGUGAAGAAGAAGCCCCAAGGCAAAGAGGGCUCUUCCCGGCUGGUGCGCGGCCGCGCUCGGAAGAAGCCGGCUCCGACGGGGCAGGACAGUUAAAUUAACGCUGCAUCCCCCCGGGGAAAAGCAUCGCCUGGAGUCUUAACCUGUUGAGUUUGCUGCUGCAGCGCCCGGGGGGGAGCCGGGGUUUGUGCCGCCAGCCCCCCCGGGGUGAGGGCUCCCUCCUGCCUUGCACCGCGCGUGCCUUAGGUUUUGGUG